AUGUCUUCUACGGAGCAUUCCUCCACCCCCACGUGGACACCAGGAGACUUCGAGCACCCGAAUCAGGACCUACGCCGGUCGAUGAUUAUUGCACUGGUGUUUGCUUACACCUUGUCGACUCUCUCCGUUGCUCUGAGGAUCCUGGCGAGAAAAGUGACCGGUAGCAAGCUUUUCAUGGACGACUAUUUGAUUAUGGUUGCUCUGUUCUUUAAAUACGCAUGCUCCAGUGGAGUCGUUGUCCUCCUGUUCAAUGGAAUGGGAUCACAUAUUACAAUGAUCCCAGCGAAGAAUCUCGUGGUUUACUUCCAACUCGGAUUUGCCAAUGCCUUUAUCUACACCGGCUGCAUCGCUUUCAUUAAAUUCUCUAUACUGGCGCUGUACAAGCGACUCUUUGCAGUCCGAUACAUGACAGUUGCAGUGAACAUCAUGUUUGGAUUCGUCGCUCUCUGGGUCGUGGGUGUUUACGUUGCCGGUGCUCUUCUGUGUAUUCCCACCAAGAGGUUCUGGGACCAGUCGGUUGAAGGAGCCUGCCUUGACCCAGCCAAGUUCUACUAUGGCAUGCAGAUCCCCAACAUCCUCUCCGAUAUCAUCCUCUUGAUCAUGCCUAUGAGAGUCGUGUGGACAUUACCGAUUCCCAAGUCCCAGAAAGCGCUUCUUUCUGGAGUAUUCCUCGUCGGUGGCCUAACCUUGAUCUUCAGUAUCUUCCGCCUCAAUGCUAUGAUUCGACUGGUUGAUCUGGGUCCUGAUAUUACGUACAACCAAGUUCCCGUCAUCGUGUGGACCUGUAUCGAAGCAGCAGUUGGAAUCACAGCUGCUUGUCUCCCCAACCUCCGCCCUCUGUUCAAACUGGGUUAUCGCAACUUCUGGUCUCAGAUUCGUUCGUCAAACAAUGUAUCUGAGAUAUCCGAAACGACUCUUGUGAGCUCGAGAAAUGCUGGAGGCACUAUCACUUCCAAUCAUAAGAAAGGUGACUCCUAUUCGAUUCGGCAGACUUUUGAGAUGCCUCGAUAUGAAGACUACAAGGAUGAGAAAGCGGUGGAGAGAGUCUAG